UCUGUGCUGCCCGACUCUCUUCCCUCCACGAAGCUGCAAGUCAACGUUAAGCGGAUCGAGCUGCGGAAGCGGAGCCAUGGAGUCUGCGGCGGCGAGCGCCUUCCUGAGGAGCGUGAUGGGAAAGCUGUUCCAAGUGCUGGAGAAGGAGUACAACAAGCAGAAGGGCCUCCGGCAGGAGACCCUCUCCAUCCAGCAGGACGUCCGCAUGAUCGCCGCCGCCAUGGACGACCGCCUCCACGCCCUGGGCCGUGGCGAGCGCCGCACCGCCGUCGCCAGGCUCUACAGCGAGGAGAUGCUCGGCCUGGCGCACGACGCCCAGGACUGCAUCGACCGCAUCGUCCACCGCCUCACCUGCAGGCCGCGCGGCGGCGGAAAAGGAGCGGCGCUGGUCCGCCGGGUCGCCCACGAGAUCAAGAAGGUCCGGAGCCGCCCUGGAUUCGCCGACGAGAUCCAAAAGCUCAAGAUCCGCCUGGAGCAGGCGCACAAGCGCGUCCUCGGUAUCCCCAUCCCCGCCGCCGCCAGCUGCUGCCACGAGUUCGCCGCGGCGGCGCCGUCGUGUCGCGUCGCGCGCGACCCGGUGGGUAUCGGGAGGCCGGUGGAGGAGCUCCUCUCGAUGCUGGACGAGGUGGAGGGCGAGAAGGAGCAGCUGAGGGUGAUCUCCGUGGUGGGGUUCGGCGGCCUGGGGAAGACCACGCUCGCCAGGGCGGUGUACGAGGCCCCUGACGUCGUGGAGAAAUUCCAUUGCCGUGCUUGGGUUUCCGCCGGUCGAUGGUCGCCAGAGGUCACCGGCAACGGGGUCAGUGAGAUCCUGCGCGAUGUACUCCAGCAAGUUCGACCCAAAGACGCCAUGGAUGUUGUUGUUGCUGAUGAUGGCCAACGUAUUGAAGCCUUGCUCAAGGAAUACCUCACGGAUAAGAGGUAUUUAAUUGUCAUAGAUGACAUUGGGAUGGAGCAAUGGAGCACUAUAAAUUCCAUCUUUGAAAACAAUGGCAAAAGCAGCAGAAUCCUACUGACCACAACUAUUCAGUCAACAGCUAAUAUCUGCAGCCAUGGCAAUGGUUAUGUGUACCAAAUGAACACACUUGGUGAAGAGGACUCCAAGAAAAUAGCUCUUCAGGAGGUACCGUCGCCUGAGCUGGAGCAGGGGUCCAUGACGCUGCUGCAGAAAUGUGGUGGUCUUCCACUUGCUCUCGUCAGUGUCUCCGAUUUCCUGAAAUGCUCAGGUGAGCCUACAGGGGAGCGAUGCGCAGAGCUAUGCCGUAACCUGGGUUCUCAUCUGAGAGAGAAGCAUGGCCAUGACAAUUUCACGGAACUAAGAAAGGUGCUGAUGCAUAACUAUGACAGUUUGUCUGUGUAUGCUAUGACCUGCUUGCUAUAUCUUGGUGUAUUCCCAAACAACCGUCCCCUCAAGAGGAAAGUUGUUAUCAGGAGGUGGUUAGCCGAAGGAUAUGCACGGAGUGAUUCUCUUCGCAGUGAGGAGGACAUUGCGGAUGAGACUUUCAAGGCGCUUGUUGACCGGAAUAUCAUACAGUCCAUUGAUACAAGGAAUAAUGCGCAAGUGAAGACGUGCAUGACUCAUGGCAUCAUGCACGAGUUUGUGCUGCACAAGUCUGUGUCACAGGGGUUCAUCGCGACAUCGUCUCGUGAUCAUCCAAGACCUCAUGCCCAUGUUAAUAAUGCCUGCCACCUUUCUAUCCAUGGUGGCAAUGUGACAGAUAAUGAGGCCUCUGACGAGGAUUUGUCUCGUGUUCGGUCUCUGACAGUCUUUGGAAAAGCAGGUGAUGCUAUUUCUUAUGUCCGUAAGUGCAAACUGCUACGAGUCUUGGAUCUGGAAGAAUGCAAUGACCUGGAAGACAGUCACCUCAAACACAUAGGCAAGCUAUGGCAUCUGAAAUAUCUAAGUGUUGGGGGCACGAUUGCGAAGCUUCCGAGCAGUAUCGAUGGACUGCAUAGCUUGGAGACCCUAGAUUUGAGGAGAACCAAGAUAAAGACUUUGCCCAUUGAGGCCAUUAUGCUGUACCACUUAGCCCAUCUGUUCGGAAAGUUUACAGUUGACAAAGAAGAUCUAAACAAUGCAAACAAGAUGAGCAAAGCAAUGAAGUUCUUGUCCGGAAACAAGAGCAACCUGAAGACUUUAGCUGGAUUUGCCACAAACGAGAGGCAAGGGUUUCUUCAACUUAUGGUUCACAUGAGAAAUCUGAGAAAGGUCAAGAUAUGGUGUGGGCCAGUUGCAAAUGGAAGUAACUACACCAAUGAUCUUUCCAAGGCCAUUCAGGAAUUCACCAAGGUCCCCAUGGACAAUGUGGGUGCCCAUUCUCUAUCACUUGAUUCAGAAGAAUGUUCCGAAGACUUGCUGAGUUCGCUUGCUUUUGAGCCAUGCCCCGAAGAUUCCAAAUAUGAUGUAAGGUCACUGAAGCUACGUGGCAAGCUAUUCCAGUUACCCCCAUUUGUUCCCUUGCUGUCAGGUCUCACUGAACUGUGUAUUUCAUCAGCUACUCUGACACGGGAUCUUCUAUUGUCUCUGAUCAAUUUGAGAAACUUGCUUUACCUCAAGUUGAUUGCGAAUGAGCUUGAGAAAUUUGAAAUGAAAUCAGGGGCAUUCCCAAGCCUGCGGCGUCUGUGCUUUGUGGUGCAAAGUCUCACUUCAGCUCUGCCAGCAAUCGAACAUGGAGCUCUGCCAAACCUUGUCUCACUCCAGCUGCUUUGCCUGGGUCUAGCUGGUUUUUCCAGCAUCCAAAUCAGACACCUCAGACAUCUCAAGGAGGUCACGGUCGACUCUGGAGUGCCUGACCAAACAAGACAAGACUGGGAGCACGCAACAAAGAACCACCCGAAUAGGCCGAGACUCGUGUUGCACGAAAGUGGUGUUCGAAUGGAAAGCGAGGGACCGGGUAAUGAAGAAGCUUCUGCUGUGAGGGAGAAGCGGAAAAUAUGUGUACUCCAACCGAGUUUGGAUGACGGACUGGAUUCUAGUCUCAAGAAGAUGAAACUUUCAUCAGAGUCUUCUUCGCGUCUUCAAGUGAUCGUCCAUUCCACUUCCUCAUCUGGUCACUGAGGCAGAUGGCAGUGCUACUUCAGUGAAGCAAACUGCUACGGUGAUGAUUCAGCUUGUACACACAAAUCAGAGACAGAAUAGAUGAUGAGCUGCUGUUGUAUUGUGUGGUGUUCUGUUGUUACAAAGUUCACCAUGCUGCAGAUUGUAAAAUAAUCUUUGUUUCCAUGUCCGAUCCACCACUUGCAACUGUAUAUUCACGUCAUGCAAGAAACGGAGCAGGGCUAAAGCUAGCACUACGUCGACUGUUCUUCAGAAGCUAACAAACAGCUGCUUGCUGGUUAAGCCCGACGCCCACCAUGCUGCCCUGCACGGCGUCGCGACGGAGCUCAUGAACGCCCUCAUGACUUCUGUGGAGGCAUCUCUCUAGAGCAAGCACAUGGCGUAUUCCAUGACAGCGGCAUUGCAGGGCAGCAUGGUCCUCCUGUCAUCGCCGCCUACAAAGCCAAACUCCUCCUGGGACAUCGUCAGAAGCUCGCUGAAGAUCAAUGUGCCGAGGUAUGCUAGCGGCACCUCAAACCGCGCCCUGUCAGCGGUGUACAAAACACAGUGGCCCUUCAUCGCCACUGACGGCGAUGUGGCACAGCACUCGUCAUUGGCUGCUCCUUUCGCCACUGUCGUGGUCUGGGUGUAGUGGUGCUGCUUUAGCUUGUACUUUCUGGAUGAACUCAAGUGAUGGUGGUGCUAAGCUGAUGAAUUUAUAGGUGAGGGAUAAAGGAAAGAGAACAAUGCAGUUUAGGUCCAGCUAUCAUGACAAGUUGGGAAGCCAUGAGCUCAGAGCAUGCAAUGCUGUAAGUGCAAGGGCAAGUAGUGUGAUCUUGAUUAGAUUCUCUGGGGCCAUCUGUUUGCCACUUGUUGGGGACGAUGCUUUUGGGCAUGCUUGGACAAUACAGUAUGCUGCCAUACUCACCUGUUUUAGUGGCAACCUAAGAAGCAUAUAACGGAAUGUGGGGACCAUGUGUAGAUUGUGUCAUGAUCUGUUUGUGAUUGUGCAAUGAGAUACCAACUAAUUAUUA